GCAUAUCGCGCCGGUAUAGCAACCACGCUCCGGGUGGAAAGCUAUGCUAAAAAUGUCUUGGACGUUUAUCCAAGUGAUUACGCUUUGAUUACCAUGCGAGAGCAAAAAAUAUACACGGUCCUGAGCGCGUUAGGGUCAGCAGGUGCACGCGAAUCGCUACUUAUUAGAUUACGGAACCACUUUGGGUUCCUGACGCUGGCCAUUCCGUUUAUCAAUCCUGUCCGCUCUAAACUAUUAUCUGAAGAGAUACUUGACGUCCAUGGAGUAAAAACGCAAUUAACAACAGCAGCAGCGACAUCAUCAUCACCAUCAUCAUCAUUACAGGGCUUUGAUAGUAGUAACAGCAAGAGUAAUAACGACGAUAAUGUAUAUUCAGGUAGUACUACGACUACUACCCUGCAACAAGAAAAUCAAGAUGUCAAAAAGCAGCUGGAAGACCUCCAAAAGCGUAUUCAGCUAAUGGAGCUGAUGCUGAAGGCAUAUUAUAUCAAUGAUGAAAUAUUCUCAAACCUUCACUCUGCAGUCAGCAAUAACGAAGAAAAAGAUACAAACAUGAGUCGAACGAGCGUCAUCCACAAGAAGUCGAGCUGUAACAAAAAUAAUGAUAAUGAUGAUGAUGAUGGACAUUUGCAACAUUGGAGAACCAGCAGAGAUUACGCACCAUCCCAUCUUACACGCCAAUUCAGUGGAGCGCAAACGGCACGCGACGACAGAAUACCAGAUCUUGAUGAAGCUAUCCUGCCACCGGUUGGUGGGCGCUCAAUGCAAAUAGGAUUAUCUGGGAUUCAGCAAUUACAGAGUCGACGAAAUUAUAGAGAAGAACUGGCGCAUUUGGUAGAUAGAAAUGUAUAAGACGGAUAAGUUCGUUGUAUAAGGGAAAAAAUAAAACUGCUCUAGUAUUAUAUGGAGAUAAUGCUGGCACAAAGUUACAGUGUUUCUCUUCUUCUUUUGACG